GGAAAAACCUCUUUUUCUUCUCCAAAACAACGUCGUUUACCUGCACAAGAAUAAGCCACAUCAUCAACCUCAAUCAACUCUGUCCUGCACAGCUUCUAUCCAUCAUCCAGCCAAUUGAUCACGACAACAAGACUAUCUGAGGAUUGUCUACUAGUGUUUGAUUGAUUCACUCCCAAGCACAAAGCGCCUCUUUCAGCUUUUCCCAGCCUUUUAUCCAACCCCAAUAGUUGCCCAAGAUGGCCUCCAAGACGAGUGCAGUGGCGAAUGAAGAGCCUGUUGAUGUGCUCUUCGCCCUGCACGACAAGUUCAAUAUUCUGGACCUGGCUGGUCCCCUUGAGGUCUUGACCAAGUCCCUUCACGACAUCAACAACUCUGCAUCCAAGGCUUUCGAUAUUACCAUCGCCGCUGCAGAGCCCAAGGUCCUCUCUGAUGCUGGUGUCAUCAUCGGCUCCCAGAUCUCCUUCAAGGAGGCGCACGAGCGUCUUGAGGACUUUGACGUUGUUGUUGUUCUAGGCGGCAACACUGACCCCGUCCUCAAGGCCAAGGCUGAACCCCUCGACCUCAUCACCGCCUACAGCGAGGUCCAGAAGAAGGAUCCCGCCCGAGAGCGCACCCUGAUGUCUGUCUGUACCGGCUCCCUGUUCCUCGCCCAGCAGGGUAUCCUGUCCGGUCUCUCCGCCACUACCCACCCCGAUGCCAUCAUCCGGUUCGAGAACAUUUGCAGUCAGGCUGCCCAGCGUGACCUGACUGAGCGCACUGAUGUUGACGAGAACUCCCGCUACAUCGUCAACAACCUGCGCUUUGAGCUCGGCGACGAGGAUGAGAACCCCUACGUCCGUCAUGAGAAACCCGACGGGCGCCGCCCCUCCAAUGCCCGAAAGGGCAGCAUGUCCUUCAAGAGCUCCAACUCUCGUCGUGAGUCGAUUACUCGCCGUGCCGCGAUGCGUCUUGGUGGGCUUCGAGUUAUCACAUCUGGGGGAGUCAGCGCUGGCAUUGAUGCUGCCUUGUAUCUUGUCAGCGCCCUGGUCUCUGAGGAGUCCGCCAAUGAGGUCGCCCGCAUCCUGUGCUGGAACUGGACGCGUGGCACAGUCGUCGAUGGCCUUGAUGUCUAGGUGUAAAAUUCCUGGAUUAAGAGUCCUUUGUAUCCUGCGGACAAGUCUUGUUCGCAAAGUAGAAGGAUCUCGACGACUCCAGGCGUAGAUCUGGAACGGUCUGCGCCCUUUCUCAAAUCUCAAGCCAUCGGACCUGAGCACAUGAGAAACACUUCAUUGGUACUACAUGGAAGCAGACUAAAGAAGGAAAGAAAAGAAAAAGCUAAAUUAAGAAAAAAUAACACCCCCCCUUUUCAAAUU